UGAAGUACUGAAAAUUACUGUUUUGUAGGAUAAUUGCUAUUAUAGAAGGGAAUUUGUGAAUGAUGAACGGACGCAUGCUUGAAUUAAAACCCAUCCUAGUAAAUCUAGCGUAGGAUUCUUCGAAUAAACAAAAUACCCCGGUUUUUGGAACAAUUACACUGUUCUUUGUUUAUAUAACUUAAUGUAUAACUUAAUGUUAAGUUAAUAAAUAUUUUAUGUUUGGCAUAAAAUGACAUGAAAUAGAAAACAUUAGUAAAAGUAAUACUAAAAAUGUGUGUUGAAUUUGGAUGUUUUAAUUACGCUUCAAAAUUGUUUGUUUUCUGGAAUUUACGACAAAUCAUUGUGUAAUCCUAUUAGUUCUUUUGUCGUGUUUUGGUUUUGGGAGACUUUACGUAGUGUACGUCGUAAAUAUCGAACGUUACGGUGGCCAUUGUUCAUCAAUUAUUGUUAAUCGUAGCUAAGAAGAAACUUUUUAAGGAUUGUGUUGCAAGUCACGGAGGUUUCGGAAUAUAAACAGAGGAUUAUCACAAUGGUCAGUGUGGAUAAACGUUUUGGUUUUAGUUUUUCUAACUUUGAUCCAACGGAUGUCCGUCGGUAUGUCCCGGCAUUCAAUGUGGCCAACUACCGACACCGUAUCCGGCGGUUCCUGUCUUCUCCGUCGGCGUUUCUGAGCAACGAUGAACACGCCCUUGACGACGAGGCGUUCUUUACGCCGACGGCAGAAAUGCCCGUCGACAAGGAAAUAGAACGAAAAAAGUUUGAUCCGUACCAGAUCUUUGAGGUGGACCAUAGGCCAUGUCUGAUAUUCACAGUGAAGGUACUAUGCGGAAGAAACAUCACGCUCGGUUGGAAGGACUAUGUGGACACACCGGACCCAUACGUCCGUCUGUUCAUCGAGACGGCACCUGAGGGCCGACGGAAAACCACCGUGAAGGACAACGAUACCAAACCGCAGUGGGACGAAACGUUUGAGUUUCUGCUCAAUGAGAAUGAGAUAAAUAUCAUGGAGAUCCGGUUGAUGGAAGAUAAUUACCCGUAUAUGAAUGACGACAUCGUGGGAAUAGACACGUUCGACAUCGGCUCCCUGACCCGGGAUAAGUGGACGAAGAAGACAUUCGUAUUUAAUCAGGUUUCAGAGGUUGAUAUAGAGAUGAAAGUUAGUCUUGAUACAAAUCCAACCCUGCGAUACAGCCUGUGUCUGUGUGAACAGGAAAAGGAGUACCUUACGCGACGGAAGGUCAAGGUCAUGGAAGCGAUGACGUCACUCCUCGGAGAACAGGGUCCACAUGAACUAGACGAGGUUCCAACGAUUGGUGUGAUCGGCUCCGGUGGCGGAUUCAGGGCGAUGGUUGGAUUGAGCGGGGUGGUUAAGGCCCUACACGAUUCAGGAAUUUUACAGUGCGCCACCUACCUCGGCGGACUGUCGGGCUCCUCGUGGUACAUCUCGACGCUGUACUCUCACCAGAACUGGCCCCAGAUGGCGCCGGGUGACAUGCAGGACGAACUAAAGAACAACAUAGACUCCAGUCUCCUCUGGCUCCUCAAACCACAGAGCGUAUACAGGUACAUGGACAUGAUCAUGAAGAAGAGGCAGAACGGGCAGCCGGUCAGCUUCACAGACUUCUUCGGUCACAUGGUCGGAGAGACACUUUUGGGAGGGCGCCUGCAAUCACGGUUGUCGGACCAGAAGGCGAAAUUGGAGGGAGGGAAUAUUCCACUUCCACUGCUCACGUGCGUGCACGUGAAAAAGGAUCGCUCAGCCAGGGACUUCCAAGAAUGGGUCGAGUUUUCUCCAUACGAGAUCGGUAUGGCAAAGUAUGGGACUUUCAUGCCUACCGACUUGUUUGGUUGUAAGUUCUUCAUGGGCAGGCUGGCUAAGACGUAUGAGGAACCGCCACUUCACUUCCUCCAAGGUAUCUGGGGCAGUGCGUUCUGUAUCCUGUUCAAACGUCUCCUGGACGAUAACAAGAAGUUAGACCCUGUAGAGAUGAUCCGACUGGAAAUGGCUAAGCAGCUGGAGGAAAAUGAAGGUGAUGAGUCGAGCGAUAGCAGUGACGAGGGAGAGUUUGACGACGGAGAGCCAUCAACCGUCCCCGACGCAAAAUAUAAGCAGAAAUCCGCCACCCUGCCGUCUGUUCUCAGCGAAACGCGGAACCGGCUUAACUACACCUCUGAUCAACGGACAAAGAGGCCGUCGGUUGAUGAGGGCCAGGGCCGGGAAAUGCCGCGCCGGAUGGUCUCCACACGCCGGACCAAGCAGAAAGGCUACUGGUCCAACUUCCUCAAGGGGGUCUUUGAAAACAAACGUUGGGAGCUACUUAGCACGCGCGCGGGACGGGCGGGGGUAGUGCACAACUUCAUGAGGGGCCUGUCUCUUCAGCAGUCGUACCCCCUGUCCCCCUUCUCACCCGUGAGCAAGGAGGCGCCUGAUGAGAAUGACGAGGUGGACGGACCUGGCCGGGGAUCCAGAGUAUCUGGUGAGGCUUUCAAUUACGACUUUAACGGUAUAUUCGAGAUGCAUCCCACCAGUGAAAAGCAUCUGUACAUGGUCGAUGCGGGCCUCACUUUCAACUCGCCAUACCCCGUUGUACUGAGGCCCCAACGGGAGGUCGAUAUCAUCCUCUCAUUUGACUUCAGCGCGAGGCCCGGCGACAACAGCCCGCCUUUCAAGGAGCUCCUUCUAGCGGCAAAAUGGGCGAAGAAGCAUAAAGUCAUGUUCCCGCCUAUAGAUUCCGAGCUUGUGACCAAAGUGUUUGACAGAGAGGGGCUGAAGGAGCUGUACAUAUUCCGGCAUCCCACGGAGCCAGCCUGUCCAAUCGUGCUGCAUUUCGUCCUCGUCAACAUUGAGUUCCGCAAAUUUAUUAAGCCUGGCUUGCGGCGGAAGACGCAGCCGGACAAAGACUUUGCCGACUUCGACAUCUUCGACGACCCGGCUACACCUUACUCCACCUUCAACUUCAAGUAUCCCCACCUCGCAUUCGAACGACUCUCCAAACUCACAGAAUUCAACACAAUGCUCAAUAUAGAAGAAAUAAAGAAAGUCAUGGUUGAAGUGAUUGAGAAAAAACGCGCUGAACCGGACAGGUGCCCGUGCAAGUUGGAGGAGGUGCCCCGUUUGCGGAGGGUGUCACAAAAGAAUCAGAAGCGAUUAUCAACGUUCUUGUCCAGGAUACGAAGUGGACGAUUCAGUCGUAGGGACGCGGGCAAGAGUAUUGAUAAACCGUUAGGUGAUGCGAUACAGGAAGAAAAGAACGGAAGCAUUGACGUUGUUGACGCGGCUGAAGGGCCUCUAUCUCGGGAGGUAGCUCCCAAAUUGACAAGUGAUAAUGUGAUGCAAAAGCAAGAUUCGAAGGCACAGGCGGCUGUUCCCGAAUAUGAAGGGAGGCUCCGGCGGAAAGCUGCCAUCAGCAAGAAAAUGACAACUGGCUCUAAAUCCUUACCAGCAGUGAACAGUGAUCAAAGACAGGGUUUCGCCAGUAAUGGCAAUGUCGUGUCGUUAGACAGUAGUCAGGUGAACAAAGGAGACGCUCAGAUCCGCGACGUCCCUGGCCGCCGGAAACCACAGCAGCCUGAGAAGGCGAGGCUCUGGCAUGACAGUAAGUGUAAUUCCAUUGAUGACGACGAUGACAGAUUCUUCACAGCGGUCGAAUAAAUGUUUAGUAGGACACUUUAGUAUUAAGAAGAGAUUAAUAUAUGGCCGAGUGUUCUUAUCACCAGCAGGUCGAUAAUGGCCCGAGGGAUAUGGCACCGCACGGCCGUUUAUUGUAGUUUUACAACGCAUUUUUUUCUAUUUUUUUAAAUCUGGAAAUUCGAAGACGAAAUGUGUUCAAAUCUAAAAAGGGGAAUAACCAUUGUAUAGAGUUUGAAAAUUAUGUUGAAUUUUGUUUUCGUUCUGUACAGUCAUGAGAGUGAAUUCUGCGUGUUUGUUUUAAUCAAAAGUGAAUCACUGUGGCCAUUAUAUUACAACUAACUGUAUGAAAAUAAUACGGGACUGGACCAUGAUGUAUUUCAGGUAUAUGCUUGUUUCCGUAAACAACGCUUUGUGAUGCCGUGACGUAAGCAUUGCACGUGCACAAGUUAGGCGGGACUGAUUAUGCUAAUUAGCAAUACUGGCAAAUGGCGGCACUGAAUCUGAUAAAAUCUUUGAAAAUGUGAAGCAGUUACUAUAUAUAGAAACAGGUGUAUUCAAAUGGAGAGCUAUCAUGUACAUAAAAUUCGUAUGUUUCAAUGUUUUGCAGUGUGCCGGGGAGUAGCUCUAAUAAAGUGGAUUAAUGAUAGAAUUCGUAUGUUCUUAAUGUCCCACAGAACUCAUUUGCCAGUAGGUUAGAUAAUACACAGUCGAAGCUCGCUAUGACAACUCCGAUAUGUCGGUACUCUGGUUAUGUCGAUUUUUUCCCGGUGUUGUUUUACACUUUUAUCGAAUAUUCGUUAACUCGAAGUAUUUACCGAGGUUUCAACGACUUCGACAUAGCGGGGUUUUACUGUAUAUAAUAAGAACUUAUGAGGAUUUUAUUUCAUAGCAAUAUUUCUAUGACUAAUGUGUAUAUUCUGUUUAUGGGUUUUUAUGCCUUGAAGGAUUAAACGUUAUUGUAAUAGGUAACAAGGAAUUGUUUAGAUUUUACGUUUUGAAAAUAAAUUAUGUAAAUAAG